AUGCUGGCGGCGAAGCCGUCGCGGGUUCCGCGCAUGCGCGCGGCGCUGAGGGCAAGCGAGCGGCGGGAAUCCGCCAUGGAGGAAACCGCGGCGGGAACCGGCGGUUCCCCCGGGCCGGCCGCGGCCCCGUCCCCGCGGGGCUCGGCCGGGCCGCGGGAGGACGAGCCACGGUCCGGCGGAGCCAGCACGGAGAGCCGGGGAGCCGCGCCAGAGCCGGGCUCGGCCGCGCUGCCGAAGGGAACGCCGGGCUCGUCGGGCCGGAGGAGGCGAAGAGCCGCGGGCAGCCCCGGGGCGGCCCCGGGCUCGUUCCGGCUGUCCCCGGCCGUGGCCGCGCCCCGGGGCCCGCGGGGCCCGCGCCGCUCCUGGCGCCGCUCCAGCCUCAAGGGGCGGCGCUCCCGCCGCAGCUCGCUGCCCCCGCUCCACACCGGGUUGAGCCAAUCCAUCAGCCUGGAGCUUCCCGAGGUCCAACGUCUCUCCCUCCUCCUCCUCUCCAGCUUCCAGUUUUCUGCCCGGAAGUUGCAGCAGGUCCUGGAGGAAUCCGAAGGAUUCGACCCCGAGGCUUUCGCUGCCAAAGUCCAGAGGGGCUCUGAGGAAUUCCAGAGGUUCCUCCAGAGGCUGAUCCAGGAUGGGACCCUCGGGAAUUGCCUGGAACCGACCCCGGGGGAUUCCCUGGAUCCAGCGCUGGAGGAAUCCGUGGCUCAGGUGAAGCAGCUGAUGGCCAGCCUCUCCGGGGAGCUCCAGGCCUGGGAUCGGCUCCUGCAGCAGCACCUGCAGCACUCCCAGGAGGCCUCCAGGAAUUUGGAGCAGCUCCGGGCCGGGAGCCCUCCCGGGGCCCCUCCCGCCAUUCCCAAAAAUUCCCAAAUUUUGGCCUCCAAACCCGACUACGGCGCCAUCCUGACCCAGCAGGGCCCGGCCCUGCCCGCCCUGCGGCUCCUGGUGGAUGAGGCCCAGCAGGCCGGGAAAAUGGUGCUGGAAUUCCACGAGGAGAGCCGGAGCUUCCUCAGGGGCCUCUCGGAGCAGCUGGCUUCACGAGCAUUCCGGCAGCUGCAGGGAUCCCCUGCGCGGAAGCUGCUGCAGAGGAGGCCCCAGAAGGUUCUGCCCGAGGAGGGGGAAUAA